CUCCGGUGAACUUGCAGAUCUGAUUGCAGGAAGUGCCCAUAGUUAGGAAGGGAGGGAGGGACGCUGACUGAACAUCUGACACGCUAGCUCCAGCAGCGGCCGACGUAUCGGCAGAAGGAGGCUCCCGAAACUAAUCAAAAGGGCCGUCCACUAUCUGAACCAUCAAUCGGGUUUAUGACUUGAGACGAUCAAUCCUGAACCGUCCGAAGAAUCACGGAAGUGUAGUUCACGGUCAACGUUUUUUUUCUUUUUUUCCUUCCUUUUUUCCACUCAUUUUUUGACUUAUUAUCGGCUUCGACAUGGCUGAGUGUGACGUUAGCAUCGACCAGAAAAAACUACCUGGAGUGAAAGAGGUGUGUCGUGAUUUUGCUGUGCUGGAAGACCACUCUCUGGCCUACAACCUUCAAGAACAAGAAAUCGAGAGCCACUUGGCCUCCAACGUCCACAAGAACCGCCUGGUGCAGAAGGACCUGAUCGUUGCCAAGAAGCUCCAAGAGGAGGAGGAUGAGAUAGCCAAGAUCAAGAGCCAGAAGCAACAUGGAGACAUUGAGCGGCAGGAUAACGAGAUCGCGCAGGAGAUCCAGGAGGAGCUGAUCCGACAAGCAGAGCUUCAGCGGCUGCAGGAGGAGAAGGAUGCGGCCAUCGCUCGUAAGUUGCAGGAGAAGGAAAUGAAGGAGGAAAGGAGGAGAAAGAAGCAGCAGGAGUCCAACGUGGAGGAGGACUACUUUGAGGAUCAUGGAGCUGGAAGAACUCUUGAUGUGGACAAAUGUAUCCGCCAGAAAUCAAGGUCACCUGACCCGUAUGGCGCACAUUCUAGCGUGCGCUCAGGGCGGGAUUUCUCCCCAGAAUAUUAUUCCACAGAACCAAAAAGGAGCAGGUACCCAAGACAGGACUCAGCUGCACCCCAAACCCAGCUCAAAAACAUGGAGUACUACUCGAUGACAGAGGGAGGACGCAGCCGGCAUGCAGACACGUAUCCAGAGCACCUGCUUCCCUCCAGAUCCAGGCAUGGAGACAGGAACCCAGUCUAUGAGCACGCACACACUCAGAGAGCAAAGACCUAUGGGGGGGCAGAGUCGGAUGGAGCGGUUAGGAAAAAGGAAAAACCAGAAAGACCUCCUCCACCUCAGAACCUCGUAGAAAGAGACAAGACCGUAGACAGAGAGAGAAACCGACAUGAGAUGGAAAGGGAAGCAGGAAGAGACACCAGGAGAGGAAGGGAGCAGCACCUGAAACCACAGAGAGAAAAAUCCACAGAUGGGGGCCACAGUGGAGACAGACAGGCAGAGAGAGACCGGCGCAGACCAAAACAGCAAGGACGAGGCGGGAGCAGAGAAAGGGGGCUCGAGGAGGACUUCUUAGAGACUGGACACAGCAAAGACUGGCUGAUGGAGAGCAGUGCAUCCUGGGAAGACGGUGAGGAAAGGCGGGACAAGAACCGGCCGCGGGUGUACUCCAUCCCCAACGAGCCUCAUGACAAACUCAGGAACGAUGAAGGCCAAGGAGACUCACGGGAGAGCUGGGAAUCUGGACAUGGGGGGGGUCGUGGAAGGGAGCGCAGUUACAGCACCCCCACCAAAGAGACAGGUCGUCCCGGGCACAGAGGAGGCGGCGCAGUCAUCGGGGAAAGUGCCGAGUUUGGACUGAGCGAGGCGACUCAGGGGCUGACCAAACUGGACCUCCGUGAACAAGAACUACGGGACAUGGAGGUGGCGAAAAAGCUGCAGGAGGAAGAACUGAAGGCCAACAGUAUGCAUGUGCGUGCAGCCCAAGUGGCCCAAGAUGAGGAAAUCGCUAGAAUCCUGAUGGAACAAGAGAAGAAGGAGUACAGAAAGAUUCGAGAACGGGAAAAGGAAAAGGCGCAGGAGAGGGAGAGGAUGGCCAUGGAGAGGAGACGACAGGAGGGAGAACACAGACCAAAGUCUGAGGACGUCGUGCGACCCAGAACGCGAGAAGACUACGACUACCAGAGGCAGAAAAAUCACAGCAAACCCGCCAGGCCUCCUCAACCUCGUAUCCAUGACUACGAGAACGUGGGCCCUGGUGGGUACGGCUACCCGGACCAUCCCGUCAAUGCUCGCCCUCACACACGGCCCGAGGCUGCGUACAAAGGAGCCUAUCAAAAGCGGUGACCGAAGCUCUCCUGCAUCCAGACGUGCUGACAGUCCUCCUCCAUCCUUUUUUUAUACAUCUAUUUUUUUAAACUUCAUGUCUUCAAGCGUUGAUAGAAGUCUUGAUACAAUAUCUGUUUUUUUGUUGUUUUUUUAUUCAUCAGGGGAAAAGUUGGCCUUAUUAUGAAGGAACCGCUCAGAUUUAGUUUUGUUUUCUAUUCUUGGGCG